GCGGGGAAAACGCGACUAGCUUUAAAAGUUGACGUGAUGAUGCAUGAGGCUCGAGUUGAUGGACAAGUUAUGCCAGUCCACGUUCGGAAACGAAAUCAGGCAUUUGGGUAAGGACCCAGCCCAUAAGGAGUACAAGGCCCUACAUGAACAGCAAACACGUUGCAGCUGUCACCGAAGGCAAGACGAUGAACCUAAGCCUAGUAUUGAUUCCGACCUGACCCUUGACAAGUCGAGCCAACUUUAAGGAAAUUCUGACGUCGGGUUGGAGAUAAGGCGAUAAGGCAAAAUAUGAAUUCACACUUUGGCCGCCAUCAACCAGAGGCACAAGAUAUCGGUCAUCCCUUAUAACAAAGAUAGGAGACGGAACGGCUUUUUAAACUACAGUCCG